UUGAAUGAUGACAUCAAUGGUUGUGACAAUUGAUGACAUUUUGGAUCAAUUGUGGAGUGAAAACAAACGACUCCUCAAUGAGUUAUUGUUUGCCAACAAAUGUCUGAAUAUUUUGGAUGAAUUGAAAACUGAAUUGAAUUUGAUUUACAAUAAGUUUGAGACACAACUCACCACUGAAGACAAGUUCAACCAAUUGAGACAUCAAUUGAAUAAUAUUUGCGAUCAAAGACGAGAUAAAGGAUUGCAUUUAAAUGAUGUCAACUUUGAUGAAAUACAAGACAAAACCAAUAGAUAUAUAGAGAACAAUCAAGUGAUAGAUAAUGGGAUCCAAUUGAUUGAUAAUAUCAGACUUGAAGAAAAUGAAAAUGUAAUUCAAAUAAAUCAAUUAAAUAAUACAAAAAUUAUUAGUUAUAGAGACAACAAAAUUAAUGAUAAUUUGAAACUUAAGACAAAUUACAAUAAAGUUAUUGACAGUAGUUGUGGUCAACAAAGAUCCUUAUAUUUGAAACCACAAACAAUUAGUAGUGAAAAAUACAAUGAAAUAAUAAAAACAACGACAAAGAAAAGUCAACCGAAAAAACGUAAAAAGAAGACCAAAUCAAAUGAUGACAACAAACAAGAAUUAAUGACAACUAAUCCAUAUUUGUCUACUAAUAGUGAUUGUCACGACUCAUCACGAGAUAAAUCGCAGACAUCAUUAGAUCGGAAAAAGUUAGGCAAACAAAGAGCCAAUUGGUCUAAAACGGGUGGAUAUAAGUGUCUGAAUAGUGAUUGUCAGAUGACAUUCAAAACGAUUUGUGAAUAUCGUAAACACCAUUCGAUAUGUGCGGUCAACUGUCCUCAAUGCGGCCGAAAGUAUAGAAGUCAAAUAGCAUAUAUCAAUCACCAAAUGAGAGAACACGGAUUGGGCGGCGAAUUCCCUUACAAAUGUGAUUAUAUCGGUUGCAACUAUCAGACAGCGGAAAUGUAUGCAUUUCGUAAACACCAAUCGAUUACUCAUUCGACGGACAGGACGUUUGUUUGUGAUAUCGAUGGCUGCAAUAGGUCUUUCAAAACGUCCGUUGGUUUAAACUAUCACCGAGACUGGCACUUGGAUAAGAAAUAUGUCUGCAAUGUCGACGGCURUCACAAACAAUUCAAACAAAAGCACAAACAUACCCGUCAUUUGGCCGAACACAUGUCAGAGCCGACACUCCAGUGUCCCGAAAAGGAUUGUCGGAAACUGUUUUAUGCGGAUAAAGAAAUUUACAGACAUCGUGUCGACGAUCAUAAACGGAAAUUUAGACCAAAUCGCAAAAGAUUAUACCAUCGGUGCGAUUGGCCGGGUUGUGACUAUUAUGGAACUGAUCUGAAUCCACAUAAGUUAGUCCAUACGGGAGAGAAAAACUUUAGGUGUGAUUGGCCUGAAUGUGGCAAACGGUUUGGCGAUAAACAUAAACUUAAGCUCCAUUUGAAUAUUCAUAAUAAUGUUAAACCAUUUGCCUGUCGUUGGCCGGGAUGUGAGUACCGGUGCGCUCAUCAUUCAAAUAUUUACAAACAUAUGAAACAAGUUCACCAAAAACAAUGAUUUCACUGAACUGUAUAAUAUUAUU